UGCGGGGAGGGCUGGAUGUCCCCGCGACCCCGCGACCCCGCGACCCCGGGCACCGCCAGGCCGACGCCCAUGCCAUGGUGUCUCCCAACCUGACACCAACCUGGCUGCCCCCGUUCCGCGUUCUGUACCUGCAGGUUUUCCACCCGCCAGUCCCCUAGGCAGCCCGUGAUGGCGGUGACCACAGAGCCCCUCCUUGUUCCUCUUUUCCCAUCACUGGGUCUGUAGGCCUGUCAUGACGCCGCGGUGGUCACCCCUUCUCCCAGCACCCCUGGGACGCAGCUGGGGGCAUCCCUGUCUUACAGGGCAGGGAUGGGCGGGUGAGGUGCUCCAGGCGACUCCUGGCGAGUGACCGCCCAUACCGCUGUCUGCGCUGCAGCACCUGGCUGGCCUGGUUGCAGAAGUGAACUCCUCUGUGUGUGUGUUCUGUCCCUUGGAAGUGUCCCCAGCCGCCACAUCCCCCAGGGCUCAGCGGCUGGCUUCCAGGCCUAGGUGCCCAUGACGCCUAUGCUGACUGCUACCUGGACACCACCGCUGCCACAAGUUAGCACCAGCGCCCAGGCCCCAAUGCCGGUCAUGCCCAUCCCCCGGCGGGUGCGCUCCUUCCACGGCCCGCACACCACCUGCCUGCACGCAGCCUGUGGGCCGGCGCGCACCUCUCGCCUGGCCCGUACUAAGUACAACAACUUCGAUGUCUACAUCCGGGCGCGCUGGCUCUACGGCUUCAUCCGCUUCUUGCUCUACUUUAGCUGCAGCCUUUUCACGGCCACGCUGUGGGGCGCACUAGCCACCCUCUUCUGCCUGCAGUACCUGGGCGUGCGUGUCCUGCUGCGCUUCCAGCUCAAGCUGUCGGUGCUGCUGCUGCUGCUAGGUCGCCGGCGCGUGGAUUUCCGCCUCCUCAACGAACUGCUCAUCUAUGGUAUCCGAGUGACCGUGCUGCUCGUUGGGGGUCUGGGCUGGUGCUUCAUGGUCUUUGUGGACAUGUGAGGGGUACCAGUGGGCCUCGACUCUGGGGUUUAUUUAUUGUGACCGUGGUGGUGGAUGCACCCGUGGCCGUGUUCUCUUCUUGAUGGGGUAGGUCAGGAUUCUGUUGUUCCCAGCCCGUCCUGCGAAUGGGGUCUGCAGAUGUGUCCACCUCCCACACAUGGAGGACCACACAUGGGUCCUGGCGGGGUGCUGAGACUUCUGUGGAGGGGACGCUGGCGCCCCCUCCGUUGCUGGUUUUCUGCUCUGACCCUUCCUUGUGUGUUCGCUUAGGUACAGUGCCUCACUGGCCACCAGCCUGUGCUUCCAGCCCUCACUUUUUCAGGCUGUGCCAGAGUGAGGCCCACUGGCCCAGUCUGCUCUGGGCAAGCCUCCUGUCCAGAGCACAGGCAUCACAGGUGGUGUGGGAGCCCCCUUCCCGUGAGCCCCGGCCCCCACCCCAGCCUUAGGGACGUGUCAGGCUCAAAUAGCUGAUGUACCACACUGCCACGAAGCUGUUCACUCUGCCCUGGGCCACCCACGUCCCGGCACAGCCCAGUCCCUCCAUCUUCCCCACCCCCACCCCGAGAGGCAUUCAGGGGCCUGAGUCCCAGGCCAAGCUUCAGGGCCAUGUUGGUUUGCUUAGAUGUGGUCUAGUGGGAGUCACGGGCUGCCUUGGCAGGUUACUAGAUCGGGGGCCAGCCCAGGGGAGUGCUGGGUCCAGGGCAGAUCUGUCUUCCUCUUGGGCAGGUUUGUUCAAGAUGUCAAGUUGGAGGCCAUAGUCUCUUCGAAUGUAGAUUUCUGAGGAGGUACCUUAACUCCUUUCCAGCGGGUAGGGGCCCUUUGGGCUUUGGAUGGCUAGAAUUGGAAGUGAGGCCAGAGGUGUUGAGAAGCACAGUCUCUGAGUGUGUACCACGGAAACACAAGCAGAGCUUCUGUUUAAAGAGCACCUCCUAGAGGUUUGUGCACCAGGGCUGAGCCCCGAGCGAGGGACUGGGCUGCCCUGGGUCCCUGCCCUGUGGCUGUUUCUGCCAGUAGACCAUCGAGGGCCAGAGUCUUGCCCAGACCCUGCUCUUGGCCUUCUCUGUCAGAGGAGACAGUGGCCUAGUGACUCUGUUGUCACUGUGGGUCUCCUUGGCAGGUGAGCAGGUGCUCUGGACAAUCGUGCUGGGAUAACAUGUGGAGACCAGGGACAGAACACAGCCCUGUAUUGGGGUGACAGACCUGCUUCACCCCAAGUUGUUCCAGUGCCACUUCCCAGGUAUGGGCAGUGGCCCCUUUGACCCUGCGUGGCCAGGCAGUCCAGUGGCUAGGGGAGCUGUCACACAGUUGGGUGCCAAGGGAAGAAAAACACAAAUCAGGUAGAGAAAGCAGAGAAAGCUUGGCUGUAAACUCUGCUCUUAGAUUUGUAGCCAGCUUCUACCCAGUAAUCAUCAACUUGAGGACAGUGGGAAGGCUCCUUGGACGAAGUUCUUUCUCAGGUUGAGUCUGUUCUGUCGCCUGGACGGCAGGCAGGGAGCUGACCUGCACGGAUCCCACAUUUCAGCGCCACAGAGAACCUUUUGCACUAAAUCAUGCUAUUUCCUAAAAGUUUUGUUUUGUGUUAAUGAACUCAGACUCCCCUCCCCCCGCCCCCCACCUCCUGUCACUGAGGUGGACACAUGUCCACACAGUCAGGACAGCGGGAGGGAUCUGGCCGGGCCACCUCCAGUGUUGUUGGGGCCACGGAGGAGCUGGCACAUUGAACACAGAGAUGCUCGUUGUCUCGAGUGCCUGUUAAAUUCUUUAUGAAAUGAGUCACCUGCAUUAAACUUAUUUUUUUAACCUGUU